CGCUGCUGGGAGACACUUCUGCACUUUCAGGAGGACCACAGACGAACAGAAGACACCGGCUAUAAUCAGCUGGGGACUUUUGUGAGAAUUCAGCGAGUUCUGCUGUUCACUUUUGAAGCUGCCUGUGAGAAUAUAAUCGCGCCUACUUUGGAUUUUACUCUUUGAGAUCAUGAACUAACGUGAACUUCAUUCACGGAGUUUUAAACGGCGGGAUUUAUACAAUUCAAAGGCUUCUGAAGGAAACAACAGGUCUCCCUGUGUGGCUUUGUUAUGGGACUUUAACUUUAAACACAUCUUGCAUCGUCUUUCUUCUUGGAGUGAAUUUGGCUAGUUUAAAAAAUUAUAAUUGCGCUCUUCCAGAAAUGGUGGGGCAUUUACAUUUGCAAGCUAUGGAUGACAGUUUGAAAGGAAAGAACCGAGAGGGACUGCUCGAUAGUCCGGAUUCGGGACUCCCUCCAAGCCCCAGUCCACCCUUCUACUCUCUGUCGCCGGGGAUUCUCGAGUCGCGGUCCGCCAGCUGCUCAACCCCGACCGAGCUGCAAGGAUACUGCAGAAAGGAGAGCCGGGAAGGCAAACUGCUCCCAUACUUGCUCCUAAACUCUCAAGGUCCAGAUGCUAAGUCACGCAUGUACCCUGUGUUCUAUGGAGAGAGCAUCGAGGUCAACCCCAAACCUGAAAAAGAGAUCAAGUUCAACUCUGCAGUCAAGUAUGCUUCAGACAGACACUUUCGUGACCAGGUUUACUGCGCCCUGGUCCCAACCCCCACAUCCUUCAGUGAGACGAUAGUGGCCGUCCAGAACUGCACAUGGCGCAGCUACAAGUCAGAGGUUCACUUCCAGCCCCGCCACAGGCCUCUACACUUCCAGAGCACGGCCAUCGUGUUCCCCAAACACACCCGGAACACUUACCGCACCACGCUGAACUACAACAGCAACAGAAACGCUGCCGGCCGGCGGUGGUUUGUGUCCACAGUCAGACUGGAGUCCACCGAAGACGCCAGUCCAUGCAUCAUUUACACAGAAGACCUCUGAGGUGUUCCCCAAAAUCAAUAAACUCCCUUUGGUUAGAGA